AUGACUGAAAUGACAUUUGAGUGUGGGUGGCAACGGAUUCAGCUUCUCUUCUUCUGCCAGCUUGCCGCCCUCACGGCGAGUCGACCAGGGGCGCUUCUCGGCCUUCGCUACCGCGACAUCUCACUGACCCUUAUUCGAGAUCCGGAGGGAGGGCGACCCCACCUGUUCAUUUUCCUAAAGCCGGAAUUCACUAAGAAGUUUCUUGGGAAGAAGGCUCCGAACGAGUUUAAAAUCCCCGAAAUCAUUUUCGAUUCGACUCUAGUCCUUAGUCCGCAUGUGUGUCUACUCGGCAUGCUCUUUUACAUUAAAGGCUUCAAGUCCAUCACGGCCACAGGACCAGUACUAGACAGCCCGGAAAAGCUCUACAGCCUCGAAGUACUCGAUGGCUUAGGACAGCAGGAACUGAAACUGAAGAACGAACUGCUGGACAAAUACAUAUUCUGCCCAACAGUUCGAGAAACCACAGGGUUCCGAAUCGCGGUGGAGAAGAAAUUGCUGGCGUCAACAGUGACUUCCCGGAUGCGCCGUGCGGGCCAGAUCACCGGCUUCGAACAGGUGACGAAGCCGUACCUCCUUCGGUAUGCAGGAGCGAAAGCUUUCAAUAGCAGUGGUGCGUAUCUGUCUAUUGCUCUCCUCCAGGCAGAGCUAACAUAG